AUGUAUUUCACAGAUGCAGCUACUAUUCUCUUUAUUGUCACCUGUGUUUUGUUGGUAAUUUUGUCAUUCAGUCAGAAGAAAAAAGUCCAUUUAAAUUAUCCUCCUGGACCACCAUGCUUGCCUAUUAUUGGAAAUAUACACAUUAUGAAUCUGAAUAAACCUUACCUAACAUUUCAUGAGCUUGCUGAGAAAUAUGGCUCUGUGUACAGCCUACAGAUGGGAUCUCAGAAUAUGGUUGUGCUGUGUGGCUAUAAGACUGUGAAAGAGGCUCUGGUUAACCAUGCUGACAAAUUUUCUGGAAGACCCCAUGUUCCAGUUUUUCGUGACCUGUUCCUGGAUCAUGGACUUAUAUUUUCUAAUGGUAAUAACUGGAAAGCCAUGAGACGAUUCACUCUUUCUACACUGCGAGAUUUCGGGAUGGGGAAGAGAAAAAUAGAAGAUAAGAUCACUGAAGAGUGCCACAGUUUGGUAAAGACUUUAAAAGCUUACAAAGGAAAACCAUUUGAAAACACCAUGAUAAUGAAUAGUGCUGUGGCCAAUAUCAUUGUGUCCAUAUUGCUUGGUUAUCGUUUUGACUAUGAUGAUCCAAAACUUUCAAGGCUUUUAACAAUCAUCAAUGAUGUGGCAAGAAUUUCCGGCUCCCCAAUGGCUUUGUUGUACAAUGCAUUUCCAUCUCUGGUCCGAUGGCUGCCUGGGAAUCACAGAGAUGUCAUUUCAUACAGGGAGGAAAUGCACACUUUUAUAAGAGAAACCUUCACCCAUCAGAGGAAUAAUCUUGAUGUCAAUGAUCAGAGGAAUUUUAUUGAUGUUUUCCUUGUCAAACAAAAGGAGGAAAAACCAAAUCCAGAGUUAUAUUUCAAUGACACAAAUCUAACUGUUCUGGUGAUGGACUUGUUUGCUGCUGGAAUGGAGACAACCUCCACCACUCUCCGAUGGGGCAUCCUGCUGAUGAUGAAAUACCCAGAAAUACAAAAAAAUGUUCAGAAGGAAAUUGAAAAAGUCAUCGGUUCUGGAGAGCCUCAACUGAUACACCGAAAAGAAAUGCCAUAUACUGAUGCCGUUAUCCAUGAAAUCCAAAGAUUUGGUAAUAUUGUGCCAACAAGUGUUCCACAUGCCACUACUGAGGAUGUGAAUUUCAAAGGAUUCUUCAUACCCAAAGUAAGUAUUACAUUUUUAUUCUUCAUCUAUUAUAUAAAAAAAGAAAAGCAACCAACCUGA